AUGAAGAGAGUGCGGUUCAGUGUGGUGUCCUUUGCGCCACCGGGCAGCUCUCUUGCCGUGAUAGGGAGCUGCGCAUCGCUUGGCAAAUGGAGCUUGGACAAGGCGGUGGUACUGCAACCACGGUUGGCCAAUGCGCGUCUUCAGUCUGAGCCUGACUUUCACUGGGUGGAUGUCGACAUGCCUGAGGCGGGCAACGAGCGCAUCGAGUACAAGUUCGUUGAGCGCGGUCACGGUGUGAAGUGGGAGGACUUGGGCGGCCAGCAGAACCGUAUUCUGGAGCUGGAAGGUCAGGGAGAGGAUGGGCAGACUGUUUUGCUGCCCGUGGUGCGCUUCGCUGAACCUGGUGGUGGAGAAAGCGAUCACACGGCUCGCUUCUAUCAGGGUGUCAAGGAGCGCGGCGAAAUCUCCAUUCGAAAGGUCCUGGGUCAGCUGUACGUUGGCUCCUGCCCCAGGCAGCGAUCGCACAUCGACCAGUUGCACUCACUUGGCGUGACUGUCGUAGUGAAUUUUCAGACCGAAGAGGAUUGCAAACGGAACUGUGUGGCUGGCAUAGGCAUGGAGGAAGACCCUUUGGCGGUCAGCCGUAUUUAUGACAGCAGAGGCAUGCAGUACAUUUGGAUGCCAACGUUUGACAUGUCCACUGACGGCCGUGCGCAAAUGCUGCCGCAGGCGUCGUUUUUGUUUGGCCAGCUGAUCCGCCGCGGUCAUACGGUUUACAGCCACUGCAAUGCAGGGGUAGGCAGAAGCGUUGCUGCGGCGUGCGGGUAUUUGACCUUCUUCCUGGGCCUCACACAGCGGCAGAUGCAACAUGUGAUGGCAAGUUCUCGUCCAGUUGCGUACUUCGACUUCGAGGCGAUGGAACGAGCUCGGCCGCGUUUCCAUGCCAUGUUCGGCGGUGACGAGCUGCUGGACACCGAUGGCAAAUGCAAGGUCAUCGAUUGUGGACACAGUGCGGGUGGCUCCUCCACACAUGGUGCGGAGUUCCACUCCUUUCAUUCAGAGUUCCACUCAGAGGCCCCGGCGGCCCCAGCCCUGACCAUCCAGUCUUCGUGUGAGCGAGCCUACUCUGCAGGGUGGAUCCUCCUCUUCCAGCAAAUCAAGGGCCAAAAUGCCUUAGAUGCCCGCACUAGACAGGGAAACACGCACAUGGCAUGCGUGGAGACAGGUAGCGAUGAUAAUGAGGAGGAGGUAGGCGGUGCGACGCAGUUGGUCAUCGGCAGCAGCCAUGCUGCAAACUUCAAGUGCGUCAAGACUCCAACACCGCUGAAAUGUCCUCCAACAGCCACGCAGGCGCACAAGUACAGCGAUCACCUCGACCAGUUCCACAUUUACACGAACUCGCAUGGUGAAGUUUGUGCAGAAAGAACAGACCAUCGAGACCCUUGGGGGAGCAACCUGGUCUUAUCAUGUAGCAAGGCGGAUAUGAUCCAUGCCGAGGACAUGGCGAUGCCUAAGUUUCAGGAUUCAGGCCUCUUCUCUGGCAUGGUGGCGCUUCCGAUCGGCUCAAGUCUGCACUCCAGCACGAAGUGCGUGCGCGAUCCGGGUCAUCUCACCUGCGACAACGAAGCCUCAGUGAGAGGUCGAACGGACAAGCACCCAGACAAGUUUGAAAUCCAGCACGAGAAUGGCAAGAUCUGUGCCACGCGCGUGGACUACGACAAGCCGUGGGGUCUGGAUUUGGUCCUGCACUGUUCCCUCAAGGAAGUACCGAAGCCCAAGGCAGAGGAGGAGCUAGGCCGUGCGACGCAGUUGGUCAUCGGCAGCAGCCAUGCUGCAAACUUCAAGUGCGUCAAGACUCCAACACCCCUGAAGUGUCCUCCAACAGCCACGCAGACGCACCAGUACAGCGACCACAUCGACCAGUUCCACAUCUACACGAACUCACAUGGUGAAGUUUGCGCAGAAAGAACAGACCAUCGAGACCCUUGGGGGAGCAACCUGGUCUUAUCAUGCAGCAAGGCGGAUAUGAUCCAUGCAGAGGACAUGGCGAUGCCUAAGCUUCAGGAUUCAGGCCUCUUCUCUGGCAUGGUGGCAGUUCCGAUCGGCUCAAGUCUGCACUCCAGCAAGAAGUGCGUGCGCGAUCCGGGUCAUCUCACCUGCGACAACGAAGCCUCAGUGAGAGGUCGAACGGACAAGCACCCAGACAAGUUUGAAAUCCAGCACGAGAAUGGCAAGAUCUGUGCCACGCGCGUGGACUAUGACAAGCCGUGGGGUCUGGAUUUGGUCCUGCACUGUUCCCUCAAGGAGGAGUUCGGCGCUUCGAUGCAGCUGGUCAUCGGCAGCAGCCAUCAUGCGAACUUCAAGUGCGUCAAGCCUCCGACGCCGCUGGCGUGCCCUCCAACGGCCACUCAGGCGCACAAGUACAGUGAUCACUUGGACCAGUUCCACAUCUACACGAACUCACAUGGUGAAGUUUGCGCAGAAAGAACAGACUAUCGAGACCCUUGGGGCAGCACCCUGGUCUUAUCGUGUACCAAGGCAAGUGUGACCCAUGCGGAGGAUAUGGCGAUGCCUGACUUUGAGGUGCGCGAUCCGGGUCAUCUCACCUGCGACAACGAAGCCUCAGUGAGAGGUCGAACGGACAAGUUUGACAUCGAGCACGCCAAUGGCAAGAUCUGUGCCACGCGUGUGGACUACGACAAGCCGUGGGGUCUGGAUUUGGCGCAAAGCUUAGCCCACAGCGAACGGAGGUUGGAGAGGUCGGGGCGGGGCGUGUUGGAUGAUUUGAGGCUCCUGACGUGCCCUGGGUUUGCGGGGCUCGGGGUUGAUUCUUUGGUCUUUGCCAAAGGCCCUUCUCUGGGAGAGCCGUCCUUGUUGGGAAAUACUAUACCGGAGCCAUUCGACUGCUACAACGGAGACUUGCCCAAUGCCUGGGCAGCAGACAAGGUCCAGUAUUGCUGUGCGAACAAGAAGCUGGGCUGUGAUAUGCUGCCAGACGAGGCGGAUUGCCACGGCUCCGAGACAGACUGGGAGACAUGCCCAAGCCCAGAGACCUGUGAAACGUGCGAGCCGGUCGACUGUGUCCUUGCGGAAUGGACCGAGUGGAAAGUAUCUCCUGGACAAGAGUGCAGUGGUCUGCGCUAUCGCCGUCGCGCCUUCGCAACUGAAAACAACCAUUGCGGGCAGCCGUGCCAUGGUAUGACGGUGGACUCCCAGGCGUACAUGCCGCCGGAGUGCAAGGGCGAUGUGACGGUUGACUGUAAGUUUUCAGAGUGGUCACACUGGACUGGCGACUGCAACAAUCCCAAAGGGCAGCAACUACGAUCACGCGAGCUUCUGCACGAUGCGAACAGCCUGCGCCGGCGCCAGUGUGAUGGCGCAUUGAACCAAACGAAAGCAUGCGAUGCCCGAUCAGUGGACUGCAAAUACACGGAAUGGCACCAGUGGUCUCAGUGCAGCACAAGCUGCGGAUUGGGUAGGAGGCAGCGCCUCAGAGACAUCGACGAGGAAAGCUUCGGCGGACUUCCUUGCGAUGUGGGCAUCACCCUCUUCACCGAGGAGUGCGAGUUGGAGCCCUGCGACAAGAGGGACUGUGUCCUGAGCUCCUGGACGGAGUGGUCUGGCUGCUUUGGAGCUGACAGGCAGCAGUACCGCAGUCGACGAAUCCUGCAGGCUCCACAGGGAGACGGGAACGCGUGCGACCCGGAACUGCUGCAGACGCAGGGGUGCCCGAAAGUCCUGGAGCAGGCUCUAGAGUACCUCUUGAGUGACUGGGGUUCCUGGCAGCCCUGCGACAGGAGCUGCGGCGGUGGCCAGACCUUCCGGCAGCGUGCAGCCAUAGGACUUGCCCGUUUUGACGAGAAGGCGGAGUCCACUUAUCCCUUGAAGGAGACGAGAGAGUGCAAUUCUGAUAGAUGCGAAGACCAGUUCUCCAACGAGGACUGCUGGCUCUCUGACUGGGAGGAGUGGUCAGACUGCUCCUCGAACUGUGGUGAUGGUGCCACCACCCGGCACCGCAAGAUCCUCCGGCUGGCUGGGCCUGGUGGUAAGGGCUGUGAAGCAACCAUGAUGGAGUCAGACAUCUGCAACUUGGGCGACUGCGUGAAGCAGGACUGCGAGUGGGGAGAGUGGGCCGCCUGGUCGGCAUGUCCUUGCUCCUGUGGCGGUGGAAUCUCCACCAGACACCGAUAUGUUGCAGUGGCUCCCCGCAACGGAGGGCUGGAGUGCAAUCCCAGGGACAAGGAAGAAGUGACGCCUUGCAACACGCAGCCGUGCCAGUCAGAAUGCCGGAAUGGCACUUGGGGGGAGUGGAUGGAAUGGAGCGCUUGCUCAGCGACUUGCUCUGGCAGCUACAAGUCGAGGCGUAGAGACGUUCUGAUUCCUCCCAAUCAUUGCGGCCUAACACCGACCGGGCUGCAGGAGGAGUUCAAGGCAUGCGAGCACCUUCCAGAGUGUGCCGAUGCAGCAGCCGUCGUGGACUGCAGCGUGUCUGAAUGGGGAAUGUGGUCUGAUUGCAGCUGCAGCUGUGAUGGAGUGCGCGAGCGGAAUCGAUUCGUCGCAGUCUUUUCAAAGAAUGGAGGAACUCCAUGUCAGGAGGAUCUCAGAGAGAUGGAGGCAUGCAAUCCGACAGUGGAUGAGGAUGAGCCUGCUGACUGCCCAGGCAAGAGGUAUGUUGAGCCUGAGGACUGCAUCCUUUCAGAAUGGACUCAUUGGACCUCCUGCUCUGUCAGCUGUGGUGGUGGGCAGCAUUCACGGCACAGGAGCAUCUUAGUGAAGCCAAAGGGUGGAGGCGAAACCUGCCGAGGUGCUUUGGAGGUCACAGAGCCUUGUUACAUGCCUCAAUGCUCUGGUCGCAACUUCACCGACUGCCAGCUCGGCCAGUGGACGGAGUGGAGUGACUGCUCCGGUUGCAGAGGCCAGAUGCGCAGACAUCGCUCCAUCAUGAAGCUUCCGGAUGCUUUGGGACGGCAGUGUGCAGCUGCCAGGCUCAAGGAGACUACGGCCUGUUCGUUAGAGGGCUGUCACCAGACGAAGUCAUAUUGUACCUGGACGCAGUGGACCGGUGCCACAUCUUGUUUCGGCUAUGGAUCAAGCACCGCCAUGCGGAGUCGCGUUCUGACAGUUUCCCAUGAGAAGCCUCCAGAAGGCAUGUUCUUCACAAUGCGGGGUGACUCGAGCGCUUGCUCCAACAUCGCGCAGGUGAACGUGACUUGGUGUCCAGGCCGGAACUUGGAUUGCUAUCCACGAGACUGCCUCUUUCAUGCAUGGACGGAGUGGUCGCAGACCACGCACUUUAUGUGCGAGCGCCACCGCCAUGUGGCACGCAGGAACAAUGAAUGCGGGAAGGGCUGCACCGGCCACCUCGAGGAAACUAAGGUCUGCGAGACCCAGGAAUCGCCCCGAGACUGUUUGCUAGGGGGGUGGCAGGAGUGGAGCUUCUGUGACACUGCGGACCCAAGCGGCCAGAAAUAUCGCUUUCGCAAGAUAGUGCACGAACAGAAGUGGGGAGGCCGCCCUUGUGUGGGGAGCAUGCACCAGACAAGGCCAUGCUCCGCGACCCACAAUCCAGUUGACUGCCAGCUGAGCUCAUGGACGGAGUGGGGCUCCUGCAGCGAAUCAUGCGGCCGCGGCUGGCACUCACGUGAGCGCAGUGUCAUCGGUGUCCCCAUGGCCGGGGGUGAACGCUGUGCAGACGAUUUGGUCCAGAUCCAGCCUUGCUCUGAGUACUGCGAUGCAAUGCUUUCAAAGCCAGUGGACUGUGAGCUGUCAGAGUGGUCAGCUUGGGGCCACUGUGACGAAGAGGGUCAGCGCUACCGCCAGCGAGAUAUCCUAAGCAAUUCUGCAAACGGAGGUGCAGGCUGCAAGGGCAGUCUCUUAGAGGCCGAGUCUUGUGACUUAGCCAAGGUUGACUGUGCCGUCUCUGACUGGGUCGAGUGGAGCUCCUGUGACCGUAGCUGUGGAACUGGCCAAUUGAAGCGACAGAGGCAGAUCAUUCGCUUCCCUCGGAAUGGUGGGGAGCUCUGCCCCAGUGAUCUGAUCCAGACUACUGGCUGCAACCUUGGCUACUGUCCCACAACAGAUUGCGAGGAGUCCCAAUGGUCGGAGUGGAACAGUUGCUCUGUCUCCUGUGGAAUUGGUGAGGAGAAGCGGGAGAGGAAGGUCUUGUCUUUUAGGUCAUCCGGUGGAGAAGGCUGCAAUAGUGCCAUAGCCGAAAGCAGGCCUUGUGACACUGGAAUCGGAUGCACCGUCAGGGACUGCGAGCUCUCUGCAUGGAGCGCAUGGGGUGAGUGCAGUGUUACUUGUGGCUCCGGGCAGCGCGGACGAACUCGAAGUGUCAAGCCACCAGAGAAUGGUGGAGAAUACUGUGAGUCAGCACCCCUGGCCGAACUUGAGGGCUGCAAGGAGCGCUCCUGCACUCGGCAGGUUUGCGUGGAUGGCAAGUGGGGCGACUGGGAGGAGUGGUCCCCCUGUGACGUCUCCUGUGGAGGCGGAACCACCUUCAGGAGGAGGCACAUGGUUCAGGCAGCCAAUGAGUGCGGAAAGGCAGCGGAGGGCCUAAGUAGAGAGGAGGCCUUCUGCAACGUGGACCACUGUCACGCGGCAACGGAUUGCAUUCUAUCAGAAUGGUCUGCCUGGUCUGUGUGCUCGGCAACCUGCAAUGGCAAUCAGAGGCGCGAGCGGGCCAUCAUCCAGCAUGGUAGAUCUGGUGGUUUGCUUUGUGAUGGCGACAUCCAUGAGACACAACCCUGUAAUCCCGGCCUCUUCGACGUCUACCCGGAGGGCUGUGGACUUGAGGAAGCCCAGGACUGCAAGAUGAGCGAUUGGACCGAGUGGUCCGAUUGCAGCGCGACCUGUGGUGGUGGCGCCAAGGUUAAAAGGAGGGCAAUCGAGCAGCACCGUCGCAACGGCGGCCGACCUUGCACAGGCUCCCUCACCAAGAUCCAGGGCUGCGCAGAGACCCAGUGCGAGGGUGGCCACCCGGUACCCUGCGAGUUCGGCGACUGGAAGGACUGGGGCGCCUGUGACAAGUGCGACGGGGAGCGCAAGAGGAAGCGUAACAUCAAGCAGUACGCCCAAAACGGGGGCGCAAACUGCGAUGCCUUUGCGGGCGAAGAGGUGGACAACUGUCCUCGGUCUUGCGUCCCUGGCUUCUGCACCUGGAGCACGUGGGGAGACUGGGGUUCUUGUCACGGAUGUGGACGAAGUGCUCGUCGAGAGCGCACCCGUGAACUCCGAGCAACGGAGAACAUGGCCAUGCGACAGCCACCUAUGAGCGAGACCAGGGUGGAGAGGCUAACCUUGCAUCACAGCCUGACAGCUGCCCACAACGAGUACACCGCAUUGGUGGAAGAAGUUCGGGCUUUGCGAACGGCUCGCGCACAUAAGCUUGUGCUAGCCUUCGGGCUGGGUCUCAUGAGCAUACCCGUCGGUUUCGCCAUUCUUCGAUUCCUGCCGGCAGUUGGUGGCAGAAGAACUGGAUACUCUUCGUUGCUGCCAAUGGGGGCAGAGUGA